CUUGGAGCUUAUUCAAAAGUAUUGAUUUGCCAAACCGAAAAUUUUGAACUUCAAUUCCAGUCAUUUAAUGAAGAAACAACGGAUAUGGAAGCAGUGUUGCCAAUGAUUUCUUAAAUUGGUUCCCUCCCGUGAUGAGACGCCAGAACUUUCAUAAUCUCGCCUUUCCCUCUUCUGAUUUCUAUGCCUCGCUCCUCCAAAAGAGCCUGAAAAUCAAAGACCCGCUUGCCACCAGAUCGAUCCAUGCCCAGAUAAUCAAGUCUGGCCUGCAUUUAGGCCAGUUCCUUGUGAAUAAUCUCAUCAAUGCAUAUGGGAAAAAUGGGUUUGUUUCUGAUGCACGCAGACUGUUCGAUGAGUUGCCAACAAGGGAUGCAUCUUCUUGGAAUACAUUGCUAUCUGCUUAUGUGAAGCAGGGUCUGAUCCAGGAAGCACGUCACAUUUUUAGUGAGGUGCCUCGCCCUGAUGAUGUCACUUGGACAACUAUGAUUGUUGGGUAUAAUUUAAAAGGCCAGUUUGAGGUUGCAAUUAAAACGUUUAUGGAGAUGGUUGCCUGCAACGUGCUGCCUACGCAGUAUACGGUUACAAGCAUUCUUGCUUCUUGUGCUGCUAUCAGAUCAUUGAAAAUAGGCAGGAAAGUUCAUUCUUUUCUUGUAAAAUUUGGUCUGAGUAGACAUGUAUCUGUAGCCAAUUCAUUGUUGAAUAUGUAUGCCAAAGCAGGUGAUGUUAGUACAGCUGAAAUUAUUUUUGAUAGAAUUGCAAUAAAGAACAUAUCUAGCCGGAAUGCAAUGAUUUCGUUGUACAUGCAUACUGCCCAAGUUGAUCUUGCAGUAGCGCUAUUUGAACAAAUGGAUGAUCGAGAUAUUGUUUCCUGGAAUUCAAUCAUUGCCGGGUUCAAUCAACAUGGAUUUCAUAUCGAAGCAUUGGAUAUGUUCUAUAGAAUGCUUAGGGGAUCAUUGUUGAGGCCUGACCAAUAUACUCUAGCAAGUGUACUAUCAGCUUGCACUAAUCUUAGAAUGAUCAAUAUAGGGAAACAAAUCCAUAGCCAUAUUCUUAGAACGGAGUUCGAUACUUCUGGGGCAGUUGCGAAUGCUUUGAUAUCCAUGUACUCACGAUGUGGUGCAGUAAAUAUUGCCCAAAGCAUUAUGGAGCAAAGUCAAAUAUCCAACUUGAAUGUCAUUGCUUUUACAGCAUUACUGGAUGGUUACAUUAAGCUUGGCAAUAUAGAUCCCGCAAGGAAGAUUUUCAACUCGCUUGAGGACCGGGAUGUGAUUUCUUGGACUGCUAUGAUAGUCGGCUAUGUACAGAAUGGCUUCUUCAAUGAUGCAAUGGAUCUGUUUAGAUUAAUGUCAGAAGCAGGCCCAAAGCCCAAUAGCUAUACACUAGCAGCUAUGCUUAGUGUUUGCUCCAGCUUAGCAUCUUUGAACCAUGGCAAACAAAUACAUGCUGCAUCCCUAAAAUUGGGGGAAGCAUCAUCGGUGUCUGUUAGUAAUGCUUUGAUCACCAUGUAUGCAAAGGCUGGAAGCUUAAGUUGUGCGCAAGUUGUGUUUAAUUUUAUACAUGAGAAGAGAGAAACUGUAUCCUGGACUUCAAUGAUCCUAGCAUUGGCUCAACAUGGAUAUGGAGAGGAAUCCAUACAGUUAUUUGAUGAUAUGCUGGCAAUGGGUAUCAGACCUGAUCAUAUUACUUAUGUAGGUGUUCUCUCUGCCUGUAUACAUGUCGGCUUGGUGGCACAAGGUCGCCGGUACUUCAAGAUGAUGAAAGAUGUGCAUGGUAUUGAGCCCACACCAAGCCACUAUGCCUGCAUGAUUGACCUCUUUGGGCGUGCUGGUCUACUGCAAGAAGCACAGGAUUUCAUAGAGAAAAUGCGGAUUGAACCAGAUGCUAUAGCUUGGGGUUCACUUUUAGCUUCAUGUAAGGUUCACAAGAAUGUUGAGCUGGCAAAAUUUUCUGCUGAGAGAUUGCUUGAGAUUGAUCCUGAAAACAGUGGAGCCUACUCGGCACUUGCUAAUGUAUAUGCUGCCUGCCAGAAGUGGGAGGAAGCUGCUAAAAUCAGAAAAUCAAUGAAGGAUAGGCAAGUGAAAAAAGAACAAGGAAUUAGCUGGGUUCAGAUAAAGAACGAUGUCCAUGUAUUUGGGGUUGAAGAUGGAAUUCAUCCCCAAAGAGAUGCUAUAUAUCAGCUAACGGAAAAAAUAUGGAAAGAGAUUAAGAAACUUGGUUUCGUUCCAGACACAGAGUCAGUGCUGCAUGAUCUUGAUAAUGAGUUGAAAGAGCAGCUCCUUCGAAAUCAUAGUGAAAAGCUUGCUAUUGCAUUUGGGCUGCUGAAUACCCCAGAUAAUACUACUCUAAGGAUUAUGAAGAACCUUAGAGUUUGUAACGAUUGUCACUCUGCUAUUAAAUACAUCUCCAAGCUUGUUGGCAGAGAAAUUAUUGUUAGAGACUCCACUCGUUUUCACCAUUUUAAGGACGGGUUUUGCUCGUGUCGGGAUUAUUGGUAAGGAUGGAUGCAUAAAAUCUCACGGCUUUAUGGGAUUUUACUGGAACAUAUGAAACAGAACUAGUUCUUCAUUAUGGACUGCUAAUUAUUUCUCGACAGCCUCUUGUUCAGCAAUGUUCUUUAUUCCGGGCUGCCAUGUUAUAAAAGCAUUUACUGAUGUAGCCAUAUGGGCAUUUGUACUUCUUUUGGCUUUGACGGGCAAAGCACAGGCAAACUUGGGCCAAUAAACAUUCCAUUCAAAAGAAAUGGUCAAAACUUGAAGAGAAUGGGAUUGAUUGACUCUAAGACCAGCAAUUUCAAAUGAGCUUGUAUGCAAAGGCUACAACCUUCCAAAACACAAUGGCUAGCAAUGGGAAAAUGCACCCAUUCUUGAGUUCCAAAUAACCAGGCCCUAAGAUGAUAAGUAUUUGUAGGGGAGAAUUGAAGAAUUUAAUGAUAGAGUUCAUAGCAUUGAUGAGAAAUUUUGGUACGCACGAGAAAGUUUGUUGUUCAAAUUGUGUAGGGUGUCAAAU